AUGCGUCAGAAAAAACUAUGGAAAAGGCAUCAUGUGGAAACCUCUGAGUUGAAGUUACAGUCCAAAACUCUGGUUGCUGUACUUUUGCUAGUGGGGCAGUGGCCACUGCUGCAAAUUGAUGAUGCUUCGGUUACAAAGAAAGUCGCAUUGUUUCCCAUUGGUUCAUUUGCACAUAAAUCCAUCAGUGACAAAGAAGGGCUAAAAUAUGAUCAUACUGACAAAGAGGCAGAAAACAGUUCAUUCCAACCGAAGACAGUACAGGAGGAAGAAGAAAAAGAACCAUUGCCGCGACAAAUGAAGAGGUACAAGCAGUUGGAGAGGCUGGAAACUGUUUUGUCAAAAGCCAAGUCUUCAAUCAGGGAAGCUGCUCGAAAUGGUAGCAUGAUCUCAACACAUGAAGAUGCCGAUUACAUCCCUCAAGGUCCUAUGUACUGGAACGCGAAUGCCUUUCACUGGAGUUAUCUAGAGAUGGAGAAGGUAUUCAAGAUUUAUGUCUAUAAAGAAGGAGAACCUCCACUCUUCCAUGAUGGCCCUUGCAAGAGUAUAUACUCAAGUGAAGGAAGGUUCAUCCAUGAAAUGGAAAAGGGAAACUUUUAUCGUACGAAUGAUCCUGAUGAAGCCUUUGUGUAUUUCUUGCCCUUUAGUAUUGUGAAUUUUGUACAAUAUUUGUAUGAUCCUAUCAGCCAUGAUAGAAGGGCUAUCGGUCACACCCUGGCUGAUUAUAUAGGACUAUUAUCUGGUAAAUAUCCUUUCUGGAAUCGCAGUCUCGGUGCUGAUCAUUUCAUGCUUUCUUGCCAUGAUUGGGGACCGUACUCAACAACUUAUGUUCCAGAUUUAUUCAACAAUUCCAUCAGGGUAUUAUGCAACGCCAAUACAUCAGAAGGCUUUAGUCCACUCAAGGAUGUUUCACUACCCGAAAUCCAUCUCAAAACAGGUGGAAUCACUGGACUUAUUGGAGGUCCCUCGCCUUCAAAGCGAUCCAUUCUCGCAUUCUUUGCUGGAAAACUGCAUGGCCACAUCAGGUACCUUCUGCUAAACCAAUGGAAAGACAAAGACAACGACAUACAAGUACACGAAAACCUCCCAAAAGGCGUUUCGUACGAAUCAAUGCUGAGGUCAAGCAGAUUCUGUCUGUGUCCGAGUGGAUACGAGGUUGCUAGUCCAAGAGUAGUUGAAGCAAUCUAUGCAGAAUGCAUUCCGGUUCUGAUAUCAGAUAGCUAUAUACCGCCUUUCAGCGACGUGCUCAACUGGAAGUCAUUUUCCAUUGAAAUUGCCGUGAAAGACAUACCUAACAUCAAGAGUAUACUAAUGAGUGUUUCUCAGACUCAGUAUGUGAGAAUGCAUAGAAGGUUGAAGCAAGUUCAGAGGCACUUUGUUAUUAAUGAUCCUCCCCAAAGAUUUGACAUUUUUCACAUGAUUGUGCAUUCCAUUUGGCUGAGAAGAUUGAACAUUCAGAUUCAGGAAUCAUGA